AUGCGCAGGAUACACACUGUCCGCUGCUGGCGGGCCAUUCGCCCACCCCUGUUCCCCUGUCGCUUCUCGCAUUCAGUCUCCGCGCCGCCGCUCGUUCAAAUCACACGCGCAACGUUCUACCGGGAGUAUCCCACGCCCGAGCUGCCGCAAAAAGGCAAUCUACCCAUCUACCCAGACCUCUCCUUCAUUCUCCCCUCCAAAGCUUCGUCGCCCAAGGAGCUCCAGCACUGGGCCAUAGUCGGCUCGUCGGGCAAAGCCAAGUUUCUGGACGUCCUCAGAGGACGAUAUAUAUGCAUCCCUCCGGCUGCGAGGUCCUACCCAUACCUCGCCACGGAAGAAAUUGACGGCAAGGAUCACCGCCUGCGAUUCCCCGGCUUUGCAAUCAAGCAUGUUGGGUUCAACGGCGAUGCGAAGCGGGCGUCUGGCGGAGUGCGAGGGGCGUAUCUGAGUGCCAGGUAUGAGAGUCUGAGGGAGGAGACCGAUUUUACCGUUUUGCAGUACUUGAGAGGUGAAACGGAGUUGAACCCGCUGGACGAGGGGAGCAAGGUCGACCAAGAUGUUUUGGACCGUGUUAUCCACGAUCUGAAGCUCGAGGCGUUGGUUGAUAUGCCCGUCGCGAACUUGAGUAAUGGCCAGACGAGGCGAGCGAGGAUUGCAAAAGCACUGUUGGAUGGGCCUGAGCUGCUACUCCUGGACGAACCGUUUAUGGGAUUGGAUCCGCCAACGGUCCAGAGUCUCUCGCCAUUGUUAUACAACCUGGCGGCGGCAAGCAAUCCGCGGAUUAUUAUGACUUUGAGGCCGCAGGACCCGGUGCCUGCGUGGAUUACUCACCUGGUUAUCCUGGGAGACGAAGACACCGUGGCUCUCCAGGGUGUACGGUCAGAAGUUUACCGGCAAUUGCACAUCUGGAGGGCUGUUUCGGAUCGGGCAACAAGCUCUACACCUGAGCAUGGAAAGGUGGCAUUAUUGCCGCGUAGCCCACAGGAAGAUACGUUCUACAAGGGCCUCACGUCUACAGAGCAGGCGAUAUACGACCAUGCGGAAUCGCUGCGUGCCAAUGGCUUGUUCGAGCCCAGCCUGAGCAUCCUCAACGAUUUCGGCCUGGUCGCUGCAAAAGCAGAGGAAUCGAAAGUUUCUACGAGACCAGCAUCGUACGGCGAGCCCAUUAUUGAAAUGGACGGCGUUCGAGUGAGCUACGGUGACAAGGUGGUCCUGGGCGACUGGCGGCAGUCCGUCAACGGCCAGACCAAGCCGGGCUUCCACUGGACUGUCCGGCGUGGCCAGAGAUGGGGCGUCUUUGGCCUCAAUGGCUCUGGGAAGACCACGCUCGUCUCAUUGAUUACAUCGGAUCACCCGCAAGCAUACGCACUUCCGAUCAAAUUCUUUGGCCGCUCGAGAUUACCGGAGCCCGGGAAGGCGGGUAUAUCGGUUUUUGACCUGCAGAAGAGAAUCGGCCAUUCGUCCCCUGAAAUCCACGCUUUCUUCCCGCGGCGUCUAUCGAUUCGCGCGUCGCUUGAAAGCGCAUGGGCGGAUACGUUUCUGGCGAAGCCUCAGCUGGAUCAGGAGCGGGACCGCGAUGUUGAUUCUGCGCUGAAGUUUUUCGAAGCAGAUUUAAACCCGGAUUUCAUGCCUCGGUCGGCACGAGCUCGCAACAUGGGAUGGACGACAUCGACGAGCUUUAGCAGCCUUAGCAUGGCGCAGCAACGCCUUUUGCUUUUCCUUCGCGCGGUGGUUCACAAGCCGGAGCUCGUCGUCCUCGAUGAACCGUUCGCCGGCAUGUCGCCUUCGCUGAGAGAUAAAUGCUUGCAUUUUCUUGAAGUCGGAGAGACAACAGCCGCGAGCAGUGGGUCGCGAAGGGUGAAGGGGUGUGACUUGUGGCAUUUACCAGCUGACGGUUCUGAGCAUGAAAUCAGGCACACAGGGCUCAGUGAGGAGCAAACGCUGAUUGUCAUCAGCCAUGUCAAGGAGGAAGUGCCGGACAUUGUGUCGCACUGGAUGGUGUUGCCGAGUCAAGCAGGCGGUGAUCUAAAUUUGAGAAUGGGGAUGCUGAAAGAGAACCAAUGCCUCGCAUCGAAUGAGGUUUGGGAAAGGAUCUGGAGUACAUCUUCAACUACUUUGGCGUAG